AUGUGUGGUAUUGAAGUGUCUCAAAGUCUUUUAGCGCAUGCCAACAAGCCUCCUUGUGCUUUGCGUAUUGUGCGCGACAAGUAUAUUCUAUUGGGAACGUACGAUCUGGACAAAGAAAGUGGGUUGAGAACAGGCUCAAUCGAGAUCAGAGACCUUGAAUUGCGAUUGAUACAGCAAUAUAAUACUUAUGGAGCGAUUCUAGAUCUCAAAGUUUCCCCGUUUGACGAUACCCUGCUAGCAAGUGCACACUCGACAGGUAAUGUACAACUAUGGAAAAUUCAUAUGGACGACGAUGAUGUUUUCCAGAGGCUAGAUACGCUGGCCAAUUUGCAGGUUUUUGAGCCCACAGUGCUAGUCACUUCUUUGCAUUUUUCUCCCCUAGACCCCCGCUGCGUUGUUGUAACUGCUACCAGUGGAGAAACGAAGGCAUUGGACAUCCAACACUCUUCAACUACUUUCUCAGCGGAUGCAGUUGGCAGCGCUUACGAUAAAAUAGAGAAACAGCAGAUUCAGGUCCAGGACCAAACUGUGGCGACGACCAAUGUUCCAGGUAGGCUUUUUGAUCAUCGGCACGACCUGGAGGGCUGGAUAGCAGAAUUUGGUCAGCUUGCGCCGUUCGAGAACGUGCUGUUUACCGGAGGUGAUGACGCCACUAUUGCAGCUCACGACCUGCGUUCCGGGGCCAACAUAUGGACGAACUCAAGAAUCCAUGAAGCCGGAGUUGUGGCUAUCAAGACCAGUACCCCAACUUUCCGCGUCUCGAAGCCCACCAGCAUUGUCACCGGCUCUUAUGACGACCACAUACGAACACUCGAUUUGAGAAUGUUGGGAGAUAGCAUUUAUCCAGGCCACAACAUACCUUUGGCCAAGACAAAUAGCCUGAAUCUGGGUGGUGGAGUCUGGCGCUUUGUCGAGUCCCCACAGAACUCAAGAUCUAACCAUUUGAACAAGCUUCUCGUGUGCUGCAUGUACGACGGUGCCAAAAUCGUCACCGUAGGAGAAGAUGACGAGCUAAGUGUGGAGUGUUACAUGAAGAAGAACCACGAAUCUAUGUGCUACGGUGGUGAUUGGAGCACCGGUACGAUCGCUACGUGUUCAUUUUACGAUAAAGUUGUUCAGGUAUGGGAUGAAGCGUCUUGA